AUGGAGAUGAGACUUUUGAAGACUCACCUUCUGUUUCUGCAUCUUCAUCAUCAGCUUUACGUUAUCUCGAUUCUGCUUCUACUUCUCUCCCCAUGCUCUGCUUACACCGACAUGGAAGCUCUCCUCAAACUCAAAUCCUCCAUGACUGGUCCAAACGGUGACGGCCUCCACGACUGGCUUCACUCUUCUUCUCCGACGGCUCACUGUUCUUUCUCCGGCGUUUCUUGCGACGAAGACGCUCGUGUUAUCUCACUCAACGUCUCUUUCACUCCUCUGUUUGGGACUAUCUCACCGGAGAUUGGGAUGUUGAAUCGUUUGGUGAAUCUGACUCUAGCUGCGAACAAUUUCACCGGUGAUUUGCCAUUGGAGAUGAAGAGUCUCACUUCUCUCAAGGUUUUGAAUGUCUCCAACAAUGGAAACCUUAACGGAACCUUCCCCGGAGAGAUUCUUGCUUCCAUGGUUGAGCUUGAAGUCCUUGACGCUUAUAACAACAACUUCACCGGGAUGUUACCGCCGGAGAUUCCCGGGCUUAAGAAGCUGAAGCAUCUUUCUCUCGGCGGGAAUUUCUUCACCGGAGAGAUUCCAGAGAGUUACGGAGAUAUCCAGAGCUUGGAGUAUCUUGGACUCAACGGUGCUGGGCUCUCCGGUGACUCUCCGGGGUUUUUGUCUCGGCUUAAGAAUCUCAGAGAAAUGUAUGUUGGAUACUUCAACAGCUACACCGGCGGUGUUCCGCCGGAGUUCGGUGGAUUGACGAAGCUCGAGGUUCUCGACAUGGCGAGCUGUACUCUCACCGGAGAGAUUCCGACGACUCUGAGUAAUCUGAAGCAUUUGCAUACUUUGUUUCUUCAUAUCAACAAUCUGACCGGGAAUAUUCCACCGGAGCUCUCUGGUUUAGUCAGCUUGAAAUCGCUCGAUCUGUCAAUCAACCAGCUCACCGGAGAGAUUCCUCAGAGCUUCAUCGCUCUUGGAAACAUCACUCUGAUCAAUCUGUUUCGUAACAAUCUCUACGGGCCAAUACCGGAGUUCAUCGGAGAAUUGCCGAACCUCCAGGUAUUCGAGGUGUGGGAGAACAACUUCACGUUGCAAUUGCCGGCGAAUCUGGGACGGAACGGGAAUCUGAUGAAGCUCGAUGUCUCUGAUAACCAUCUCACCGGACUUAUCCCCGUCGAUUUGUGCAGAGGAGGGAAGCUGGAGAUGCUGGUCCUCUCGAAGAACUUCUUCUAUGGCCCGAUUCCGGAGGAGCUAGGUCAAUGCAAAACGCUAAACAAAAUCAGAAUCGUGAAGAAUUACCUCAACGGGACGGUUCCGGCCGGAUUCUUCAAUUUGCCGCUCGUUACGAUUAUCGAACUCACCGAUAAUUUCUUCACCGGGGAGCUUCCGGCAGUGAUGUCCGGCAAUCUUCUCGAUCAUAUCUACCUCUCCAACAACUGGUUCUCCGGCGAAAUCCCCCCUGCAAUCGGUAAUUUCCCCAAUUUACAGGACCUGUUCUUAGACCGGAACCGGUUUAGCGGGAACAUUCCCGGAGAAAUCUUCGAGUUGAAGCAUCUCUCGAAAAUCAACACGAGUGCGAACAACCUCACCGGAGAAAUUCCCGAGUCAAUCUCGCGCUGCACUUCCUUAAUCUCCGUCGAUCUCAGCCGUAACCGUAUCGGCGGAGAAAUCCCCAAAGAGAUCCACGACGUAAUCAACUUGGGAACUCUGAAUCUCUCCGGCAAUCAACUCACCGGCUCAAUCCCAAUCGGAAUCGGAAACAUGACGAGCUUAACCACUCUAGACCUCUCCUUCAACGAUCUCUCCGGAAGAAUACCACUCGGUGGUCAAUUCAUGGUGUUCAACGACACUUCCUUCGCCGGAAAUCCUUACCUAUGUCUCCCUCACCGCGUCUCAUGCCCCUCGCGUCCAGGACAAACCUCCGAUCACAUCCACACGGCGUUGUUCACACCGUCAAGGAUCGUCAUCACGAUCAUCGCAGCGAUCACCGCCUUGAUCCUAAUCAGCGUCGCGAUUCGCCAGAUGAGAAAGAAGAAACACCAGAAAUCCCUCGCCUGGAAGCUAACCGCCUUCCAGCGACUAGACUUCAAAGCCGAAGACGUCCUCGAAUGCCUCCAGGAAGAGAACAUAAUCGGCAAAGGCGGUGCCGGAAUCGUCUACCGCGGAUCCAUGCCGAACAACGUCGACGUCGCGAUCAAACGCCUCGUCGGCCGAGGAACCGGGAGAAGCGACCACGGGUUCACGGCGGAGAUCCAGACUCUGGGGAAAAUCCGGCACCGUCACAUCGUGAGACUCCUCGGCUACGUGGCGAACAAGGACACGAACCUUCUCCUCUACGAAUACAUGCCUAACGGAAGCCUCGGUGAGCUACUGCACGGAUCUAAAGGCGGCCAUCUUCAAUGGGAGACGAGACAGAGAGUAGCCGUGGAAGCAGCGAAGGGACUCUGUUACCUUCACCAUGACUGUUCACCGUUGAUCUUGCACAGAGACGUCAAGUCCAAUAACAUUCUUCUGGACUCUGAUUUUGAAGCCCAUGUUGCUGAUUUUGGGCUUGCUAAGUUCUUAGUGGACGGUGCUGCUUCUGAGUGUAUGUCCUCAAUCGCUGGCUCCUAUGGUUACAUCGCUCCAGAGUAUGCUUACACUUUGAAAGUGGACGAGAAGAGUGACGUGUACAGUUUCGGAGUGGUUUUGCUGGAGCUAAUAGCCGGGAAGAAACCGGUUGGUGAAUUUGGAGAAGGAGUGGAUAUUGUCAGGUGGGUGAGGAACACGGAGGAAGAGAUAUCGAUGUCUCAGCCGUCGGAUGCAGCUACCGUUGUCGCGAUCGUUGACUCGAGGUUGACCGGUUAUCCGUUGGCCGGUGUGGUUCAUGUGUUCAAGAUAGCGAUGAUGUGUGUGGAGGAUGUGGCAGCGACAAGGCCUACGAUGAGGGAAGUUGUGCAUAUGCUCACUAAUCCUCCCAAGUCCGUGACUACUAAUUUGAUCGCGUUAUGA